AUGACACGGAAGGCAAAGAAGCGUGGGAUCAAGCCGCGAAUGACGGCGACUCCGUCAGUGGCACAGGACACAGACGUGAACCCCCCUCCUAAAAUGACGUUUUCGAGUGUAACCCACGACGCCCCCCCGGUCGAAGGGACAAAAGCCCCGUCAAGCAGCAUAAAGCCACAACAAGUCCUCGCCGCUGCCGUGCAGGACGCAGACACUGUUGCUUCGUCUGGAACACUGCGAGAUGAUCAUGCCAGCACGCCACCUAUGGGGGAAACAAGACCCAAUCCUGUGAGGGUUGAUGUGCCCAGCGAAACUGCGGCAAUAGGUACCGAUACCUUGGUGCAAGACAACUCAAUCGCACAAUCGAAAUCGAACCAUGACCAAACGUUGCACGAGGGAAAACUAGUGCUAGUGGACGAUCUCUCAACUUCACACGAUGAACUACGACGCAUCCCUCAAUGCGAAUCAUCCUCCAGUGACUCGUCGACAGAGGCCAAAGCGGAUUUCAAUGACACGCCCGAUCACAUUGCCGAUAGCGACGACCAACCCAGUCCCAAACUGCACAAGUCAGAAAGCAAGUGUACUAUCGAACAGUCGGACAUGACCUUGACGAGGUCACCGUCCAUUUUUCGUAUGCUGGAGACGACCCCCACCGUAGGCGACACCCCCCCUUCUCAGCCCCCCAGCAUUCCACCAGACGUAGCGCACAAAGUGGUUCAACAUAUCAUCUUUAGAUGGAUGAAAAGUGCGGUGCCGCUUCGCCGCCUCUUCCCCCCGUCGCCAUCGGCUUCCUCCCACCCCCUGGAUACAUUUCUCAGCACAUUGCAACAAGCAAACGUCGCCCUGAAACCCGUCGAAGUGUCUGCCCUUCGCACUUCCUUUCCCCCAACCCCAGAGCCCCCUCUGACCUCCGCGCCCUGCCUGAACGUUACACUCCUCGUUGAUUCUGUAGCCACCAAACUCUUCCCCAUCGAGUUGCUUGAGUUCCAACUGCGCAAGGCAGUGGUUGCCAAAGCCACCAAAACACGAGGCAAGUGCGACGUGUUCAAAGCCCUGAAUCAGCUGUUUGAUACACCCACGACCACGGACACUAGCGUUUCCGUGGCAUUGUGGCGAUCGAUUUUGGUCGAAAAAUUAGCUCUUUCGUGUCCAGUGUGGGUUGUCCAAUGUGUGUUUUGUCGUAUUCUAGCAGCCCCUCUUGCAGAGAUGAGCCCCCGCGUCCACUUUGUCCACUGCCUCGACCGUUUUGUUCGGAAUGUCCAAUUCGAUACGCUGUCUGUGGAAGGGGUGUUUCGAUCUCUCGUCCAAGACACCGAUUUUGAGCGCGGAUUUCGCGCUAUCGACGCUGAUGGUUCCGGCAGCCUCAGCCUCGCAGAAUGCACAAAGUACCUUCAAACGAGCCAUCAAGUGGCUUUUCCGCCCGCCGUCCUGCAGGACUUUCUUCGGCGUUUUGACCGCGAUGGUGACGGCAGCCUCAACCUCGACGAGUUCAUGGCAUGCUGUCGGCCCAAGCAGCAUACUGGCGUCCAUGUGUUGUCCCCCUAUGGCUUCUUUUACAUGACCACCGACCCCAUGGAGCUUGUGGCGGACGUGGUGGCGAGGAUUCACAAGCGAUUGUUUUGGCUCCAGCACAACCAUUUGCUUGGUGCAAGUCCAGGACCGAACGGCAAGGACAACGCCGCCAAGGACAACUUUUCACUACCCCCCAAACACAAACUCACAGUCGAUCCAGCCAAAAUAAGCAUCUGCCGCCACUUUGGGGCACUGCCUCUGACGUACACCAAAGCCAGCGACACGGUGCAGUCGUGUUUAUCCAACGGAGAACUGCUCGUGCUCUUUGAAACAACAGACACUGACAACCAAGGCAAAUCACCAACACGCCUGACGUGCAAAGAGAGGCACGCGGUCCAACGUCCUCCCCCCCUACGCCCCUCCGUCCCCCCCACCAACUCUGUUCCACAGACUGCAGACACAUUCGACCAGCCAAAAAUCGAGCCCCCCGAUCCACUGACACCUGCAGCCCGUACAGAAACAGGGAUUUCCAAGCAAUUGAAAUGCGAAAUACCCAAAAAGAAAGCCAUCCCCCCAGCUGUCCAAUUCCCCAUCGACGUGUCCACAUGGACUCGAAUGGACGUCAAGAAGUGGCUCAUCUACAACGUCCAAGUCAAAACGCUGGCCCACAAGUUUGCCGCUGUCGAUGGACACAUGCUACUGGGGUGGGCAGUCCACCCGCAUUUGGAUGUGUGGCUGCGCGACAAGUAUAGCAUUGCACAACCAGUGCUUCGAUUGCGAUUGGCAAGUCACAUUCGGCAGCUACAGCCACAGACCCAUCCAUCCACCACCAAUCGCGGUAAUGUGAAUGACGACAGUGGUGACGAUACUGUCGACGAGAAGCUGGACGAAGACAACACAACUAUUCAACCCGAGAGCAGCCACCAAAACACACCCAACGGUCUAGCUAUUCACAAGCCCGAGCUAAUACGUGACUCACGGGGAUGCCAGUCUGCCCUGCUGCCCUUACCAACCGAUUCACAAAUCCAGGGCGAAAACGGGACUUCCGACGUCCAAGAUACUAUUCGUGGCAACGGUGACGACGAUGAUGAAGUCUCCAUAAACACGGAAGACGCUCUUGAUUCAAUUACUGGGGACGAGUGUUUGCCUGGCUUCUCGGACUGCCACGUCAUCGAUCCAGGCGACGAUGACAAUCACCCGCCUCCUCCUUUUGACGACCCCUUGCCUGGAUUUGACGACUAACUUAAAAAUACGAACUCUAAAAACUACAAAC